AUGUCGUCGUCGUCGUCAUCAUCCAAGCCGCCUUCCGCUUCGGGCGGGGCUGACAAGAUCAACGUGCUCUUCUGCUGUCUGGGCAACAUCUGUCGCUCACCCAUGGCGCUGGCCGUGUUCGAGGACACGUGCGUGCAGGCCGGGGUGCGCGAUCGAUUCGGCAUCCUCGACUCGUGCGGCACGGGCAACUAUCACGAGGGCGAAGAACCGGACGAGCGUACGACAGCGCUACUCGUCCGGCGAAACAUCCCCUACGAUGCCGAGAACUUUGCGCGCGGCGUGCGCGAUGCCGACUUUACCACGUUCCACUACAUCUUUGGCAUGGACACCAACAAUGUUCGCAACCUCAAGACCAUGGCUCCGCGUGGAAGCACCGCACGCAUCAGGCUGUUCGGAGACGUGGACGAUAACAAGCCCAUCGCCGAUCCGUACUACAUCGGCGGCAAGCAAGGCUUCGAGACCACGUACAAGCAGGUGCGAAGGUACUCGGAAAAGUUCCUGCAGGAACUCGGCCUCACCAAAGCAGAGUAG